AUGGGACACAGUUCGAAGAAGAAGAAGCGCGGCGGAGCAGGAGGGAGUGGGAAGAAGAAGAAGCCCUUGAAAGAUCAUGGCGAGUCCUACGAUAACGAGCUUCUUUCUGAAGAGAUCACUGCUCUGUCUGCCAUUUUUCAAGAUGACUGCAAGAUUGUUUCGGGAUCACAACCUCAAAUCAUCAUCAAGCUUAGGCCUCACUCAAAGGAUAUGGGUUAUGAGGAUCUGGAUGUCUCCGCACUUCUUACAGUUAGGUGCUUACCAGGGUAUCCUAACAAGUGUCCCAAGUUGCAGAUCACUCCAGAGAAAGGAUUAUCCAUAACUGAUGCUGAUAAGCUACUAUCUCUUAUCAAUGAUCAGGCAAGUUCCAAUGCCCGAGAAGGGCGAGUAAUGAUCUUCAAUUUGGUGGAGGCAGCACAGGAAUUCCUAUCUGAGAUUGUUCCAGUGGGUCAAUCACAGGGACCGGUAACAUGUUCAACAGCGGAUAGCAGUGCUCAAUUGUUUCAAAAUGACGCUGCAGUUUCUAGUAGCAAGAAGGGGCCUUUUGUUUAUGGUUUCAUAGACCUCUUCAGUGGCUCUGGAAAGUCUUGGAGUUGGAGUUUUGAAGUUAACGAGACUAAAGGGAUAAAUUCUAGUGUCCAGUUGCCUAGAUUGGAUGGAUCCAAACUCAUGCAUGAGAUUCAGGAAAAUAAACUUGAUAAGGAAGCAGGACCUUUGAAAUCACAAGAGAUAAAGCAAGCCUCAGUAAUUUCCCCUAAUGUAAAGUUAGAAACCCUUGAAGAAGAGAGUGAAGACAGCAAGAAGAGUAAUUAUUCUGUGGAUUCAAGUGGAUUUCUAUUAGAAGAAAUGGACGGAAACAGUGAAGAAACUGAGAAUGAGAAUUCAGUUCCUGAGGAGGAUUCAACCGAAGAUGAUUGGGAAUCCAGAAGUCAGCAGUCGGACUCACUCUCUUUGACUUCCUUGGCUCAUGAUCAAGGAUCCCAAAAUAUUAAAAGGGAUCUGAUAAUGGUUCAUCUGCUCCGUCUUGCCUGCACUAAAGGACCAUUGGCUGAUGCUUUGCCACAGAUAACCACAGAACUGCAAAACAUAGGGGUCUUAUCAGAAUGGGCAGGGGAUUUAGCUACGAAACCAAUUUCACUUCUAAAUCGAAAAUUUAAUCAUGCCUUCGGACAACAUAUGGUUUCAUCCCGUAUCUCUAAAUUCUGGGAGCUCACUUCUGAUUUAGAAGAGCCAAGUACAUCUCUCCCAAGUUCUCGAUAUCUCAAUGACUUUGAGGAGCUACAUUCCCUUGGUCAUGGUGGCUUUGGCCAUGUUGUAUUGUGCAAAAAUAAGCUAGAUGGAAGGCAGUAUGCAGUAAAGAAAAUUCGCCUUAAGGAUAAAAGCCUGCCACUUAAUGACCGGAUAUUGAGGGAAGUCGCUACACUUUCUCGUUUGCAACAUCAACAUGUUGUACGGUACUAUCAGGCCUGGUUUGAAACAGGAGGUGUUGGUGCUCAUGGUGAUACUACUUGGGGUUCAAGAACUGCAGCCAGCUCCACUUUCAGCUUUAAAGGUACAAGCUCAGCAGAUGAUAUUGGGAAUGAGAAUAAACUUGAAUCAACAUAUUUGUACAUUCAAAUGGAGUACUGUCCUAGGACAUUACGCCAGGUUUUUGAGUCCUAUAGUCAUUUUGACAAAGAAUUAGCAUGGCAUUUGUUUCGUCAAAUUGUUGAAGGCCUGGCACACAUACAUGGACAAGGAAUCAUCCAUCGGGACUUAACCCCGAAUAACAUAUUCUUUGAUGCACGUAAUGAUAUUAAAAUCGGGGAUUUCGGUUUGGCCAAGUUUUUAAAGUUCGAGCAGCUGGAUCAAGAUCCAAUCCCUGCAGAUACAACUGGAGUUUCUCUAGAUGGUACUGGUCAAGUUGGUACAUAUUUUUACACAGCACCUGAAAUUGAGCAAGGGUGGCCGAAGAUUGAUGAAAAGGCUGAUAUGUACAGCUUGGGAAUUGUAUUUUUGGAGCUAUGGCACCCAUUUGGGACUGCAAUGGAACGGCACCUUGUCCUAUCUGACUUAAAACAGAAGGGUGUGCUGCCUUCUGCUUGGGUUGCUGAAUAUCCGGAACAAGCUUCCUUGUUGCGACUCUUAAUGUCCCCAAGUCCGUCAGAUCGCCCUUCUGCUACAGAACUUAUAAAGCAUGCAUUUCCACCACGAAUGGAAUCUGAGUUGCUCGACAAUAUUCUACGAACAAUGCAAACCUCAGAGGACAGAACUGUAUAUGAUAAAGUUCUAAAUGCUAUAUUUGAUGAGGAGAUGCUAAGCUUGAAAGACCAGCAACAUCAUGAUGGUAGGUUAAGGUUGGCUGGUGGUGAUACUUCUGCAAUUCAGUAUUCAGAUUUAGAUACCGAGGCUCGUGAUUAUGUUGUUGAGAUCACAAGGGAGGUGUUCAGACAACAUUGUGCCAAGCACCUUGAAGUAAUACCUAUGCGUCUGUUGGAUGAUUGCCAACAUUUUAUGAGGAACACUGUCAAACUUUUGACCCAUGGAGGAGAUAUGCUUGAACUUUUGCAUGAGCUGCGCUUGCCUUUUGUUAGUUGGGUGAUUUCGAAUCAGAAAUCUUCAUUCAAAAGAUAUGAAAUUUCAUGUGUCUACAGAAGGCCAAUUGGACAUGCAUCCCCAAGUCGAUACCUGCAGGGUGAUUUUGACAUUAUUGGAGGUGCAUCAGCGUUGACAGAGGCAGAAGUUAUCAAGGUGACAAGGGACAUUGUAACCCGUUUUUUUCAUUCGGAGUUCUGUGACAUUCAUCUAAAUCACGGGGACUUACUGGAGGCAAUUUGGUCUUGGGUAGGAGUCAAGGCAGACCAUAGACAAAAAGUAGCUGAGCUUCUUUCUAUGAUGGGCUCCUUACGUCCUCAGUCAUCUGAACGAAAAUCCAAAUGGGUGGUAAUAAGGCGUCAGCUUUUGCAGGAACUUAAUUUACAAGAGGCUGUGGUGAAUAGAUUGCAGACUGUUGGUUUAAGGUUCUGUGGAGCUGCAGAUCAGGCACUUCCCAGACUUAGGGGAGCCUUGCCAAAUGAUAAACCAACACGUACGGCACUUGAUGAGUUGUCAGAUCUCUGUAACUACUUGAGAGCUUGGAGGAUUGAAGGACAUGUUUAUAUAGAUCCACUUAUUCCCCCAACUGAGAGUUAUCAUAGAGAUUUGUUUUUCCAGGUAUAUUUGGUGAAGGAUAGUAGUCCUGGAUCACCUACCGAAGGUGCACUCCUUGCUAUUGGGGGUCGCAAUGAUUAUUUGCUUCAUCAUAUGUGGGGUUUUGAACAUAAAUCUAGUCCUCCUGGUUCUGUUGGGACCAGCCUUGCUUUAGAGACCAUAAUUCAGCAUUAUCCGGUGGAUUUUAGACCAAUUAGAAAUGAAACUAGCAGCAGUGUUCUUGUUUGUUCAAAGGGAGGAGGGGGUCUAUUGGCAGAACGCAUGGAACUAGUCAAUGAGCUCUGGGAAGAAAAUAUUAAGGCUGAGUUUCUCCCAACACCCGAUCCAAGUCUUACAGAGCAGUAUGAAUAUGCCAACGAACAUGAUAUUAAAUGUCUUGUCAUCAUAACAGACACUGGUGUUUCUCAGAAAGGUUCUGUUAAGGUAAUACUUGUCCGUCAUCUUGAAUUGAAGAAGGAAAAGGAGGUUGAAAGGGAAUUUCUCGUCAGGUUUCUGCUGGAUGCAGUGGCAAUACAAUUUAAAAAUCCUUCCAUUUGGUAUUAG